UAUAAGAUGUGCUGUGUUUCAGCGAUGUCCUGGUGUCUAUUCUUCUAGGAUCUGUUUUGAACCUGUUGAGGACUGAGAAGACGGCUGUUUCUACGCUGCUUGGACCUGGUGACAGACAGAGAGAGAGAGAGAGAGAGAGAGAGAGAGAGAGAGAGAGAGAGAGAGAGAGAGAGAGAGAGAGAGAAGAAAAAGAUAAACAGAGAGAAAGGAGAGUGAAAGGAAAGAGACAGAGAGGAAGGAGAGAGACAGAGAGACAGAGAGAAAGCAGAGAGAGACAGAGAGAAAGCAGAGAGAGACAGAGGGAAAGCAGAGAGACAGAGAGGAAGGAGAGAGACAGAGAAAAGAGAGAGAGACAAAGAGAAAGCAGAGAGAGACAGAGGGAAAGCAGAGAGACAGAGAGGAAGGAGAGAGACAGAGAGACAGAGAGAAAGCAGAGAGAGACAGAGACAGAGAGGAAGGAGAGAGACAGAGAAAAGAGAGAGAGACAAAGAGAAAGGAGAGAGAGACAGAGAGACAGAGAGGAAGGAGAGAGACAGAGAGACAGAGAGAAAGCAGAGAGAGACAGAGAACAGGGAGAGAGAAUAGAUCAGAGAUAGAAUAGAACAGAGGACCAGCUGUGUGGACCUUCAUAUGGAGUCUACAACAGAGGGAGGAGGAGGAGGAGGAGGACUGAGGGAGCUGGUUCUAAAGUGGUUUACAGAGACCCAGGCCCCUCUCAUUCUCCUCCAUAAAGGGAACUUUCCCGAUUGGUUCCAAGGCUUCACCACCAGGAAGGAAGCAGAGGAUCAGCUGAGAGACAAGCCUCUGGGAUGUUUUCUCAUCAGACUCAGUGACAAAGCCAUAGGAUACAUCCUCUCAUACAAGGGACAAGACCGCUGCCGCCAUUUUGUGAUCAACCAGGACCAAGCUGGGCUGUUCGCUAUCUCCGGGGACGACCAGCCUCACCACAGCCUCACAGAACUGAUAGAGCACUACAGAGUCCAUCCCAUCCAGCCCUUUGGAGAGUCCCUCACCUCUACGUACUGUUGUCAGUCAAGCUCAGGAGAGCUGUAUGAUGUGGUGCAGUUCGAGACCAAAGAGAAGAAGAAGACCGGUGGGGUCAGUGUCCGAGCCCUGAGAAGUUACUGGGACCAGCAGAACGAACAGAAGAAUGACCAACACCAACAGAAUGACCAUCAAAAGGACCAUCCCAAUGACCCACGGAAUGACCCACGGAAUGACCCACGGAAUGACCCACGGAAUGACCCACGGAAUGAGCAGCACCAAUGGAAUGACCCACGGAAUGACCCACGGAAUGACCCACGGAAUGACCCACGGAAUGAGCAGCACCAAUGGAAUGACCCACGGAAUGACCCACGGAAUGACCCACGGAAUGACCUGCCGCCAACUAGGCAGCCCCCUGCAGUGCCACCCGUGCUACCGCCCAAAACCAACAACAGGAAGUUGACAUCAACAGUAUCCAUUGGCAGGAAGUCCCUCCCACAGCAAGCAGUACCUCCGGUCCCAAGGCGAGGCCCACCUCUGACCCAAUCUCGGAGUGGAACCUUGUCUGACAGGAGCACAAACCCAAUACGCUGA